AUGGCCGCCUCCUGCAUGUCAACUUGCAUAAAUGACACCAUGGUACCUCUCCGGCCUACCUACGUCAGCCUCAACAAGUGGCCGGAAUCGGAGGCGGCGUUCGUGAGGUCGGUGAGCGAUAAUUACGAGCGCCGGGGAGGCCAUGCGCAUGCUAGAGUUGUUGAUAGCAUCUCAUGCAGGCAAAUGUAUCUGAGAAGCUACACGUUUACAAGGGAGGAAGAAUUAACUGUCCCGGAAAAGAUCAGCCAGAAGUGUUUUGGCGGAGUUAAAGAGAAGAUGAAGAAUAACAGAAGAUUGAUUAAGAGAUCGAGAAAGGGGAAAAAGUACAGUACUAAAUACGUUGUUAAAAGGAAGUGUGUGGUGCUUAGGCGAGCUAAAGAGGUAUCAUGUGCAGCUUUGUUGUCUAUAUUUCGUAGAUUGUUAUCUUGCACAGCUAAAGUUGAUGUUGCUGAUCGUUGA